AUUGGAUAACAUUCAAAAUAGCAAACAAGAUUUCGCUCCUAAUUUUGGCUCCACCAAUGGAGCUUAAACUCUCCUUCACCAACUUCACCGCUCCCCACCGUCUAAACCACCGCUUCUCUCUCCUCCGCCGCCAUCACAACCACUGUAAACUCUCCUGUCGUAUUUCUCUCUCCUCCAAACCUUCCGAACUCUCCGAAGAGCUUCAACGCGAAACCCUAAAAACCCUAGAAUGGAAUCGUCUCUGCAAUCAGCUCUCCCCCUUCAUUUCCACCACCAUGGGCCACUCCUUGGCCCGAAACGGUUCCAUACCUAUGGGCCGAAACUUGGAUGAGAGCCAGCGGCUCCUUGCCCAAACGACUGCUGCGUUGGGCCUUCCCAGCCCUCUGAAUUUCUCCGGUGUUAAUGAUGUUUCUGACAUCGUGGAAACGGCUGCCUCUGGCGUGGUUUUGUCCAUUGGUGAGCUUUGUUCGGUGAAGCGAACAUUGCGGUCGGCGAAAAGGUUGUUGCAGCAGUUGCUGCAGUAUUCUUCUGAUGAUGAUGGGAGGGGAUUUCUUAGCUGGUUAUGUUGGAACAGGAGCUAUCCUUUGCUUGAAAUUCUUCAGAAUUGCAAUUUCUUGGUUGAAUUGGAGCAGAAGAUAGAAUAUUGUGUAGAUUGUAAACUUUCAAUAGUGCUGGAUAGAGCCAGCGAUGACUUGAAGUUCAUUAGGUCGGAAAGGAAGAAAAACAUGGAUGCUUUAGAUUCUCUUUUAAGAAGUGUUUCACAUAAAGUAUUUCAGGCUGGGGGGAUUGACAAAGCUGUGGUCACAAAUCGUCGAUCAAGGAUGUGUGUUGGUAUAAAAGCCUCUCAUAGAUCUUUGCUUCCCGGUGGAGUUGUUUUAGAUGUUAGUAGUUCUGGAGCAACAUACUUCAUGGAACCUAAAGAGGCAGUGGACUUGAACAACAUGGAAGUUUGGCUGGCAAAUUCUGAAAGGGAUGAGGAACGGGCUAUUUUAAGCAUGCUUGCUUCUGAACUAGGAAAGUCAGCAGCAGAUAUCAACGAUUUGUUAUACAGAAUCCAGGAGGUUGAUCUUGCAGUUGCAAGAGCUGGUUAUGCUAAUUGGUUGGGUGCAGUCUGUCCUAUUUUAUAUCCAGUUACUGAUCAAGAUGCUUUAUUGGUAGACGUCGAAGGGGUACGGCAUCCUUUGCUGCUCGAACCGUGUUUAGGUAGCUUGAAGGAUGUACCUGGACCCAGUUCAGGAAAUUCUGAGAAUUUAAAUGGGGAAGCUGGUGUAAUGUCCUUCAAAGAGCUUCCUGAUGAAGAGCAUAAGUUUCCUAUUCCAAUAGACAUUAAAAUUGGAUGUAAAACGAGUGUGGUUAUCAUCUCAGGGCCAAAUGCAGGUGGGAAAACUGCUUCCAUGAAAACUCUUGGACUUGUGUCCCUGAUGUCAAAGGCUGGCCUGUAUUUGCCAGCUAAAAGCAUUCCCAAGCUCCCUUGGUUCGAUUUUGUUCUAGCAGAUAUAGGAGACCACCAGUCCUUGGAACAAAGCCUUUCUACUUUUAGUGGUCACAUUUUGCGGAUUGGCAAGAUCUUGGAGGUGGCUUCAAAAGAUUCACUUGUUCUAAUUGAUGAAAUUGGGAGUGGGACUGAUCCUUCAGAAGGAGUUGCGCUUUCUUCCAGCAUCUUACAGUAUCUCAAAGACAGAGUGAGUUUAGCUGUUGUAACUACCCAUUAUGCUGAUUUGAGCCGGCUAAAAUACAUGGAUGCUCGAUUUGAGAAUGCAGCUAUGGAGUUCUCUCUGGACACACUACAACCUACCUUUCAGGUGUUAUGGGGAACUUCUGGUGAAUCAAAUGCCUUGAGAAUUGCUAGGAGAAUUGGCUUUAAUGAUAAGAUUAUUGAUCAUGCAGAAAGCUGGCUCGAGAAGUUGAUGCCAGAAAAGCAGGCGCAGAGGAAAGGUCAGCUAUACCAGUCUUUAUUGGAGGAGAGAAACAGGAUGGGUGAGCAGGCUAGACGAGCAGCAUCCCUUCAUUCUGAUGUAAUGGAUCUUUAUAAUGAGAUUGAAGAUGAAUCACAAAAUCUUGAAUGGCGUGAAAAGGCUCUGAUUGCAAAGGAGACCCAACAAGUUGAAGAAGAACUUGAUCUUGUGAAGUUGAAAUUAGAUAGAGUGGUCCAGGAGUUUGAGAAUCAAUUACGGAUAGCUGAUAUUGAUCAGUAUGGUUCUCUCGUAAAGAAGGCUGAAUCAGCAAUCGGAUCUUUGGUAGAAAAUCAUCGCCCUAUGUUGGAUAGGGUUUCUGAAGAUAUGGCAGUUCUCCAUACACCUCAACCUGGUGAACAGGUCCAUGUGAAACGUUUAGGAGGUAAGCUAGCCACUGUGGUUGAGGUAUCCGAAGAUGAUGAAACUAUUCUCAUCCAGCAUGGGAAAGUAAGAUUCCGCGUGGAUAGAAGUGGUAUCCAACCUAUAGAAGGUACCACGGCUGGCUCACGCUCACAUUCGAAAAAGCAGGCUCGUAUACCGGGAUAUUCAAAUUAUAUAGGUGGAAAGAAAGAUGACGAACUACCUUAUGGGGCAAUUGUACAGACUUCAAAGAAUACUCUUGAUCUUCGAGGAAUGAGGGUGGAGGAAGCUUCUCAUACACUCAGUAUGGCGAUUGCAGCAAGGGAAUCUCGCUCUCUCCUAUUCAUAAUACAUGGAAUGGGCACUGGAAUACUCAAAGAAUGUGUGAUUGAGAUGCUAAGGAACCAUCAGCGUAUUGAUAAGUUUGAACAAGAAAGUCCAAUGAACUACGGCUGCACAGUUGCAUUUAUCAAGUGAAACUUCUGUACAUUCCCAAUCGACAAUUUCAAUAUGACAGGAGUAAAGGCAACAAUUGUUUGGUUUACCUUAGAAUUCUCCAUGUACAGUGAGAUCUUAUGGAAUAUUUUUCAGUACAACAGAGGAAGUCUUUUCAUCGAUAUCUUCUUUGGUAACUUGUUGCGUGUACAUAAUUUUCCCUAUUGACAGAAUCUGCUCUGCCCUAUUCUUUAUUAAUGUGAAGUCUUGCUCUUGCAUCAUUUUGUAACAACUUCAGUAGUAAGUCCGAAGUCAUUAGACCUGAAACUUAUGUCUUUCAGAUGAAAUGAAUAUAACCUUAAUGAUGCUUAGCUUAGCUUUCA